AUGUCAACUCAUAAGGGUUUUUGCCUGUGCCAAGCCGUUCAGUACGAAAUCACCCUGCCCGGCGAAGGAGAACAGCAGCUGUAUAGUAUCUGCCACUGCAAGAACUGCCAGAAGGGAGGCGGAUCACCCUUCACGGCGAACUUCCUUCUGCCCGCCAAGAACAUGAAGCUCACGAAAGGCAUGGAAGGCACCGACGUCAAGUCUUACUCGAUGACCCAGACAACGACGGGUACCCCGAUGACUAGGUACUUCUGCCCCGUUUGCGGCUCGACGCUAUACGGCAAGUUAGCAGCAAACAACGCGGUUGUGAUCAUACAGACGGGCUCGCUUGACGAUCCCAUUGACGCGGUCAUGCAACCGACGCAGGAGAUCUUCUCCCUGGACCGCAGGGAAUGGCUCAAGCCAUUGGACGGCACAAAGCAAGUGGAAAAGUGGUUCGAGUGA